GGUAUAUUCCCAACUCUGUGAUUCGAAAAGACGUGAAUCAUCACAAGUACAGAGCCUUCAUCGAAGCGCAGAAGGAUCCCAUGGUUGUGAAAAUGGACGUGAGCACACUUGACCCCUUUCGAAUCUGCAUGGACCGCAUCAGAAACGCACAGAAGGAAAGUAAACGCGUGCGGAAAGAGCGGUGGGAGACGGCACGAGGGGAGGCAUCGCGCUUUAAACUCUUUGCCGUCUACAACGAGUCAAAGAAGGUCCUCCACCUGCUAGAGCAGACGCCCAAAAAGUCGGACAAUGAGAGCCAUCUCCUACGAUGUGAGUUCUAUUUUGCGACCUCUGAGUGCCAAGAAGAGCUGAUGGCCUAUGCAAAACAGCAAGUGAUAGAAAUGCGCCAAAGCAAGACAAGCACCGACCACUUCAAGAACCGACGCCUCCUCCAACCUCUACCCAGUGUGCACACCCAUCCCAACCUCAUCACCGAUGAGUUCGAGGAAAUGACCUGCAAGUUGACCGACAAUCUGAAUUCUCAAGGCACCGUCUACAGUCUUAUCAAGAGUGUGUUUAAAGACCCUCCCGAUGAGGCGGUAGUCAAUCAGUUGGCCACAAUCCUUGGCUCGCAGCUCCACCUACACCAGUACCUCGUUACAUUCAAACAACCCAAGCAUCUCUUGCCCUACCUCAUUCACAUCUUUGGUGGCAGUGACAGGACCUUCCACCUUAUCAACAAGGCCCUGAUGGGCGACCUCUGGUCUAUCUACCGCAUCGCCAAGUACGUGGGAUUCGAUUUGAAGGCCACAGUACGUCUGCUGACAAGCGUCGAAAAGACGGUUGCCGCGGCCACCUCAUGUCUCGUCACCAAACCGUGUCACUUUCACCAUGUGGAAGACCUCGUCAAUGAGCUGUUAAGACGGGAGUGGACUAGCGCGGAUCUAAUUGAACUGGCGAAUGGUCGGUACGUGCAGAGUCUCAAGCCGGGUGAGAAGCCGAACAGGAAUCCUCUCCUCACGGUGGCCACGAGCAUGAGUGAGAAUGCAUUUUUGGAGUUCUACAGGGCUCUGCACCAACUGAACCACCGAUACUUCAAAUCGCUG